AAACUUUUCUAUAAUAAGACCAGUGGAUAACCUAUUGUAUUCAAAGGCUUGAAUAAGCUCUCAUCAAGGCACACUCUCUGAAGUUCACUUGAGUUGACUAUGUCUUCAAAGGUUAAUAUGUUGAUCUGUUUUUUCAUGCUUCAUCUAUGGACUGCUGCCAGUGUUACAGAGAACAAGAUAGGAAUUUAUGAGAUAAAGAAAGGAGAUUUCUCUGUUAAGGUCACUAAUUAUGGUGCCAGAAUCAUCUCUGUUCUUCUUCCUGAUAAGCAUGGAAAAGUAGGUGAUGUUGUUCUUGGAUAUGAUACCAUCGAGGAAUACAAGAAUGAUACAAGUUCUUUUGGAGCAAUAGUUGGAAGAGUUGCUAACCGGAUUAGUGGUGCUCAAUUUACUUUGAAUGGAACCCUUUAUAGGCUUAUCGCUAAUGAUGGCAAAAACACGCUGCAUGGUGGCCCUAAAGGAUUUAGCCAUGUCGUUUGGAAGGUGAGCAAGUACGUGAAAGAUGGUUCCCAUCCUCACAUUACUUUAACAUACCACAGUGCUGAUGGUGAAGAAGGAUUUCCUGGUGAUCUUCUUGUCUCUGUUACCUAUGCAUUGAAAGAUCCUUACAAGCUUAGGGUGGUAAUGAAGGCAAAAGCUCUAAACAAGGCCACUCCAGUUAACUUGGCUCAACACACUUAUUGGAACCUUGGUGGGCACAACAGUGGCGAUAUCUUGUCCAACGACAUUCAAAUCUUUGGAUCACUCAUCACUCUAUUAGAUCAACAUCUCAUUCCAACAGGCGAAAUCGCCCCUGUCAAGAACACGCCCUAUGAUUUCCUCAAACCCCGUAAAGUUGGGAGCCAAUUCAACAAACUCCAAAAUGGAUAUGACAUCUACUACGCACUAGAAAACACUGAAAAAUUGAAGCCUAUGGCAAUAGUUCAUGAUAAAAAAUCUGGAAGAGUGAUGAAUUUACAAGCAUCUGCACCUGGUGUCCAAUUCUACACUUCAAACACACUUCAAAAGAAGGGGAAAGGUGGAUAUGUGUAUCAGCCUUAUUCAGCCUUGUGUUUGGAGACUCAAGGUUAUUCCGAUGCUGUGAAUCACCCAAAUUUCCCAUCAACAAUUGUGACUCCGAAAAAGUCCUACUUUCACAAAAUGUUGUAUACGUUCUCAAUCAAGAAAUACUAGAAUGCUAUAUGUUCUGUCGAGGUUAUAUGCUUUUUGUGACAAAUAAAACAUCUAUCAUUUGGACUCCAUACAGUUUUGCUUGGCUGGAGUUUUCUAAAGAAAUGUUUUCAAACAUGUUUGGUGAGUGCUUUGUAUGUGGACUCGCUGUUUUUGGAGUGAUAAUUUUGUUUCUAAAGAACAAA